AUGCUGCGACUGGGGUGGCGGUGGAGCUUGGGUGACCCUGCUGGAGGUCAUAGAGCUAGACAGCCACCGCAGCCUGAUCUACUUGAGACGCUCUCAUCGAAGGCGAUUCGUGCGUGGAUCGUUCGGCAAGGUAGUCCUGGUGUUGGAGGGUACAGUCCUGUUGGUGCUGGAGCUACUAGUCCUGAAGGUACUGCUGAUGCGGGAGGUGCUGGAGGUAGUGCUGAAGGUGCUGGAGGUGCUGCUAGUGCUGGAGGUACUAGAGGUGCUGCUAGUGCUGGAGGUGCUAGAGCUGCUAGUCCUAGAGGUGCUGGAGGAGCUGCUCAUGUUAGAGGUGCUGGAGCUACUAGUCUUGGAGGUGCAACUGGUGCUAGAGGUGCUGGAGCUGCUAGUCCUGGAGGUGCAGGAGCUGGUGGCACUAGAGGUGCUGGUGCUGCUGGUGUUGGAGGUGCUGGAGGUGCUGCCGGUGCUGGAGGCACUGGAGCUGGAGGUGCUGGAGGUACUGGAGCUGCUAGUCCUGGAGGUGCUCGUACUGGAGGUAUUGGAGCUGCCGGAGCUGGUGGUGCUGCUGGUGCUGGAGUUUCUACUGGAGGUACUGGAGGUGCUGGAGGUGCUAGAGCUGCUGGUCCUGGAGGUGCACGUACUAGAGGUGAUGGAGCUGCCGGAGAAGGUGGUGUUGCUGGCGGUGGAGGUGCUAGAGGGGCGCUGGAGGUGCUGGAGGUACUGCGGGUGCUAGAGGUGGUGGCACUGCCAAAGCUCGUGGUGCUGCUGGUGCUGGAGGUGCUGGACCUGCUGGUGUUGGAGGAGCUGGAGCUGCUGCCACAGCUACCGCCUGGCUCCUCGCUGCCUGCUCCUGCUCCUCACACUAAGGUGAUUGAGUCCCUGACUGAGCGUCGUGAGCCCGAGACUCAUGCUUCCACACCUGAUCAUGCUCGUCGUGUCGCCCGUCCACGUCCUCCUCCUGUCCCAGGCACUCACGUUAUGGCACUUCGCCCUUCCUCUGUUCCACAGCGUGUUGUCCUUCCUGAGCCUCCCGCAUCCUGA